GAUGCUUUAUUCUUGGCUCUGCAACUUUUCUUUUUGUUUUAGCGUGUGCUGGAUGAUGAUAAUGAUGAAAGUACUAAACUUUGCUAAAACCCCUUUUUAAAUUUCUUCUCUAAGGAGCUGAAUCUGAAGAUUUUCUUUGUUUUCAGUAAUAAAAAAAAAUGGGAGGACCUGUUAUAGAAAGAAGAGGAGGUAGUGUAGUUUGGGUGCUGAGGCAAAAUGGAACAUGGUGGCCUGGGAGAAUAUUGUGUAGCAAUGAAAUCCCAACUUCUGGGAUUCUUUCUCGUACUGAUUUCAGUUCAAGAUUUCCAAUUAAGCUUCUUGGGAGAGAUGAUGCUUCUGUGUGUUGGUACAAUUUGGAGAAGUCUAGCCGCGUAAAGGCAUUUCGAUGUGGUGAGUUCGAUGGUUGUAUCAAAAAAGCUGAAUCAUCCAAGAAUUUUACCUAUACUAAAAGCCUGAAAUAUGCACAUAGAGAAGAUGCAAUUCUUCAUGCUCUUGAACUUGAGAAGCAAGACCAAGAGAAACUGGAAAGGCCAGUAUUUUUUUCUGGAUUCAAAGAGGGUGAGACUCAUGGAGAAAGUAAUCAAAGAGCAAAGAGAAGCAGACGUUUUUACUCCCCUAUCGACUCGAUAUCUUUCUUGGAGAAAUCAGUUCAUUCUCAAUCAUCAAAUAUGGUUGCCACCUCUAUUCAUGCUGCAGAAAUUUCUUCUUCCAAGUCCAUGAGUUCCUUGAAGAGUGAAUCACAGAGCUCACAUAAAAAGAGAGAGACAACUGCAGGUAACAAUGCAUUGCGACCAACGAAGAUGAACUUCAAAGUCAUCAGUCGUCCAGCAGUCAACAAAUGGAAGCACAAUGGGAAAGUGCAUAAUCAACAUUUUAAGAGCAGAUCAGUUGUUUCAACUAAUGAAAGAAGUACUGAAUUUGGAUCUAAGACUGAAUCAUUUGAAAUCAUGUCAAGGGAUGUCAAUCGGAAGUCUCAGCUUAGUCCAGGAAACAGUUUCACAGAGGACACCAGCAUCCAAAGCCUUAGUUCAAAGUUCACCACGCGGAAGAAUAGUACCAAGACAUUAAUAGAUGUGCAUAUGACAGUUCAAAGCACUUAUAGAGGAGAGCAUACUCCCCUUGUUUCCUUAAUGAGUAGAUUAAAUGGAAAGACAAUCGUCGGGCACCCCAUCAACAUAGAAGUAUUAUAUGAUAGCUCAAUGCUUCCUGUUGAAAAGGAGAGCUCUGAUCAACUGCAAAACAAAGGCAGAAUGCCUCAACUUGUUUGGAGAACUUCAAAGAGAACUCCCGUCUGUUACACAAGCUCUACCUCUUCUGCAACUAAGUAUGAGAACCUUCAGCACAGCAGCAACAAACUUGGAGAUUUAAGUUCCCAAGCUAGGAAAAAUAGUCCAUUUAAUACUGAGUCUCGUGGGAAGUUAUCGAAGAAGCCAAACAUGUCAAAGAAUAAACCAAGAUCACUCUACCUUGCUGAUUCCAGAAUCAAGAAUGCUGUAAAAGAUACAUGUGUCCCUGUGAAAGACAUAUUCAUCAAGUUAAUAGGGGCACUUGGAAAUGUAUGAUCUUAAGCAAGAGGUGUUCAUAUAUAUGGUGUAUUUAUUACCCUUUAUGACUUUUUAAGUAGGAGAAGCUUUCUAUAGAUAUUACAGUUUGCUUAGUUUUUUCGUUCUAACUGCUGACAUUUUGAGAACUGUAUAUUGACAUACUUAAGUAGGUUAAUGUCUCCUCUGUAAGUAUCCUUUUUAACUUACAAAAAAUGAGCAAAAUGAUUGCUCAGUCUUAUGUUCUUCUAAUAUGAAAUCUAUCUAAUAGUCCUGUUGUAGUAA